UUUGAAUGAAUGGAUGGCUUAAAUUUGUCAUCUCUUAAUUAAGGGUCUGAGAGAUAUACUCCUUUUCCUUGUCAAGAAAACAGAUCCAAAGGAAACACACGACCAACUCGAGGGCGAAAUCGAAGAGAAGACUAUUGGCCUUUCCUCUGCUGCCGCGGCAGCUGCUGGAUCGGUUCAACUCGUUUGUGAGAUUCCUACCAUCCUUUAAGAAGGCCAAAUUUGACCAUGGCCGCCCAAGGCUUCCAAGUCGACCUGAGUAAACCCCUAGUAUGCCAGGUUGGGCAUCUCCGCGAAGAUUAUGAGGAGUGGGUUCACCAGCCUAUUGUGAGCAAAGAAGGGCCUCGGUUUUUCGAAAGUGACAUUUUGGAGUUCUUCACCAAGACGAGAUGGUGGGUGGUCCCCAUCGUUUGGGUUCCAGUGGUGUGCUGGUUCGUCUCAUUAUCUGCCGGCAUGGGACACUCCUCUCCUCAGCUCAUACUAUUGGUUUCGACCGGGGUUGCUGUGUGGACGCUGUCGGAAUACACAUUGCACCGGUUCCUCUUCCACGUCAAGACCAAGAACUACUGGACAAAUACCAUGCAUUAUCUUCUUCAUGGCUGCCACCACAAGCAUCCCAUGGAUGGCCUGCGGCUCGUGUUCCCCCCCGCAGCAACUGCUAUUCUUGCUGUUCCGGUGUGGAGCCUCAUUAGGGUGUUGUCCACUCCAUCAACUGCUCCUGCAAUAUUUGCUGGAUGUCUAUUGGGCUACAUAAUGUAUGACCUUACGCAUUACUACCUUCACCACGGCCAACCAUCAAGCCAAAUGACCAAAAAACUAAAGAAAUACCACUUGAAUCACCAUUACCGAAUGCAGAACUUGGGUUUUGGGAUCACUUCGCCACUGUGGGAUAGGGUGUUUGGGACAUUUCCUCCACCUAUCACGACUGAGAAACGCCGAUAAUCCCGUUAUGACAACAAAAUUUAAUGUUUUAGUUUAGAUAGUUCCGGUAUGGCCAUAAAUCUGUUCAUAUCUUCACUUUUGGCUGUUCAACUGUUCCAUAUUGCAGAUCUGUCAAAGGGAUACAUGAACUGAGCAUUAUUUGGUAUAUAAAGUAUAUGCUGUUACAAAAUUA